AAUUUGAAGGUGUAGAAUGUCCAUCAAUAGAAAAUCCACUACUUUCCCUUCAGUUAGAGAAGGAGAAUCAAUACGUUGAGAUGGACUACUGUUUUGGAAAUUAUUUUGAAGAUUGUUUUGAAACUUGGUUAAAAGAGCAAAAUCCUAUUACUGCUAUAGUUAUUAAUAUUCCAAGAGCUAUUCCAACAAUUUCUUAA